CUAAAACUUGACAUGUUCCUGACCCAUAGUAGGCACAAUUCUCCUGUCUUACAUCCCCCUGCUCUGCAACCUCAGGCACUUGCCAUCUCUUUCUUCCUUCAGGUUCAGUCUUGUCCUUUCCAGGUCCAUCCCUGUUUGUCCUAGUCCUUCCCCAUCAUCAGAAAUUCAACCCAUCCCAUGUUCUUAAAGGGCUCAGAGGCUCUUUUGGAGAUAACAAAUCAAGAGAUAUCCCUUAGGACUGGACUGAUGAGGGAAGGCUUUGUGAAGGACUCUAGGCACAAGGGUUCUGUUAGCCAUGGCUGCUGUUGACAGUUUCUACCUCUUAUACAGGGAAAUUGCCAGGUCUUGCAAUUGCUACAUGGAAGCUUUAGCUUUGGUUGGAGCCUGGUACACUGCCAGAAAAAGUAUCACCAUCAUAUGUGACUUUUACAGCUUGAUCAGACUGCAUUUCAUCCCUAGAUUGGUGAGCAGAGCUGAUCUCAUUAAACAAUAUGGACGAUGGGCAGUUGUCAGUGGUGCAACAGAUGGCAUUGGAAAAGCCUAUGCUGAAGAGUUAGCAAGCCGGGGUCUCAGCAUUGUCCUCAUCAGCCAGAACGAAGAGAAGCUGCACAAGCUUUCCAAAACCUUAGCUCAGACCUACAAAGUUGAAACAGAGAUUAUAGUCGCGGAUUUCUCCAAUGGCCGAGGAAUUUACUUGCUUAUUAGAGAAGCUUUACAAGACAAAGACAUCGGUAUCUUGGUGAAUAAUGUUGGAGUGUUUUAUCCCUACCCACAGUAUUUCACUCAAGUCUCUGAGGACAAACUGUGGGACAUUAUUGACGUAAACAUCGCAGCUGCCAGCUUGAUGGUCCAUAUAGUAUUGCCAGGAAUGGUGUCAAGGAAGAAGGGGGCGAUUGUGAACAUCUCCUCUGGCUCCUGCUGCAAGCCUACACCCCAAAUGACUGCAUAUUCAGCAUCAAAGGCUUACUUAGACCACUUCAGCAGAGCAUUGCAAUAUGAAUAUGCCUCUAAAGGAAUUUUUGUACAGAGUUUAAUUCCAUUCUCUGUAGCUACACAUAUGAAAGGGCAUAGCUUUCUACAUGGUUUCUCUUGGUUGGUGCCAUCACCAAAAGUAUAUGCGCAUCAUGCCAUUGCGACUCUUGGAAUCUCGAAAAGGACCACUGGGUACUGGUUUCAUUCAAUUCAGUUUCUUUUUGCACAGUAUAUGCCAGAGUGGCUCUGGGCAUGGGGAGCAAAUAUUAUCAACAAUUCAGUGCGUCAUGAGGCCUUAUCCCAUAGAUUGUGAACCUGGAUAUAUCACCUUAGGAAGUCUUGCCAAGUUAUGGGAACCUGCAGUAUUCAGAGCAUUGGAAGAACAACACUUCAUUUUAAUUGUGUAUUUGCUCUUCACUAUUUUGCUGGCACCUUAUCGUUGCAUCAUUGGUAAAGCAGACAUGGUACUUUUAAAGAAUGAUGGAAAGCAGCCUGAAGACAUUGGCACAGUGUUAAUAUUGCAUGUGAGGAGAACUGAUCUAGGAAGCCUAGAGUUGGGUAUUCCUUUUUUUCAUGUAAGCUUUUGGAAAAACUAUGUCAAGUGAGUCAGUAUUGUACUAUGAACCAAGAUGAACUGAAAUUGAAAUGUAUUCUCAAUUUGAUUUGUUGAGUCUUUUCAUUUUAAAUUUUCUUUUUUUGAGAGUGGUCAUGUGUUUUCCUUUCAAGAAUUAUUAUUUCUAAAAAAAUAACUGGAAAAGGUGUGUUUAAAGAAUUAUUUUGAAGCUAAAAAUGCCUGGUUAAGUUAGUAGCUGUAGAAAUCCAACUACCUAUGUGUAUUGUAUUAUUACAUAGAUGUUGUAGUUUGAAUCUCUUCCGAUGAAGAUGCUGCUUUUCAUCCAAGAACAGAAUUGUAUUAGAGAAGUUUGAAAGUUGAUCAUUUUUAGAAAAUGGUGAGAUCUAUAUGAACAACUUUAUAACUAAUGGGCAAAUCAGUUUUUAAAAGAUAUGCUAAAUGGCUUUGAGUGGGAGCUUCAUGGGAUUUAAAAAAAGCAUUUAAAUCCUUUUCUUUACAAAAGACAAACCUCUCAAGUUUUGUUACCACAGUUUAGUAGUAUAAUUUAUUACUUUCUGUUAAGUUCUUACUUACUAUGGAGCUAGCCCAUUGCUGGAGCUGCAAAAAUACAUCAUAAAGUAUCUCAAGCAUUUUUUCAUUUAUAUAAUUCUUUUGGAUAAUACACUGAUUUUCAGCGUGAUCUUUUUCUUUUUACUGAAAGUUUGCCCUUUAGAAAGAAAAUUAUCUCACAGUUUUCUAUGUGGUAAUCAGUUCCAACAGCAUUUAUUGGUAUAAACUCAAUUGUUUGCUGAGGUAAUUAAAAUGUGGAGUAAAUUAUGUGUAAUACUUUGUAUUGUAUCUGACAAAAUAACAGAAGUGUAUUUAGAAGUGUAUUCUUAGUUUGUGCAAUGAAUGUAAUGAAUAAAAGGAAUAAUUGUGUUGGAGUAAAAAUGACUAACCUGUUUAGACAGGGUUAGUUCUGAAAUAUAAUGUGUGUGAUGUUUUUGGUUUAGAUCAUAGUAUCUUAUUUGAAAAUUCUCUUGUGAAAACCAUCUAGUGCUGUCAAAACUGUGAAGCUUUAUACAAAUGUAAGGUAAUGUUAUUAUUUACAUAUUGAUAAUUCAGGAUUUAAUUUUGUGAUUUCGAUGCAAAUAUAUUGAGUAUUCAUAAGCCUGGUAAAAUUAUUUAAGAAUCA